UCCCCCAAGAAGGCAAAGAAGAAGUCAGAGGGAGCCAACUCCAAUGUGUUCUCCAUGUUCGAUCAGUCGCAGAUUCAGGAGUUCAAGGAGGCUUUCACAAUAAUGGAUCAGAACAGGGAUGGAUUCAUUGACAAGGAGGACCUGAGGGACACAUUUGCUGCUCUGGGUCGCCUGAACGUGAAGAAUGAGGAGUUGGACGAGAUGAUCAAGGAGUCGGCCGGCCCCAUCAACUUCACCGUCUUCCUGACCAUGUUCGGCGAGAAGCUGAAAGGUACGGACCCUGAGGAGAGCAUCUUGAACGCGUUCAAAAUCUUUGACCCCGAAGGCAAGGGCAUUCUGAGGAAGGAUGACGUUGAGGAAAUGCUGACGACACAAGCGGAACGGUUCUCCAAGGAAGAGGUGGAGCAGAUGUUCGUAGCGUUCCCCCCAGAUGUGGCCGGUAACCUGGACUACAAGAACCUGGUGCACAUCAUCACGCACGGAGAGGAAAAGGAUCAGGAGUAGUCCCAGAGCUCAGUGGUCCGCCUGUAAGGUCCUUUCGCUUGUAAUGCCCACCUGUAUUGUUUACCUGUACCGUCCACCCACCUGACUACUAUAGGAACCUCGUUGCCCCCAACCCACCCCCCCACCACCCAGAUUGGGUCUUUAAAUUAUUCGUUGCUGUUGUGAUAUCUUAAAGGCACCAAAAGAGAGAGGGAGGGAGAGGGUGGCAACUCCCAGGCUAAGAAUAGGUGGAAUUCAUGCCUUGGGUAGAGCAUUGGUCGUAGCUUAGCAUAUUAGCUUCAUGUUACGAAACGUCGCAAAUUAUCCCCCCCCCCUGCCCACCCCCUGCU